UGCUCAUAAUGUGACAUGCGCACAAAAAAGCAGGGGCACUGAAUGACGCCCCUGUUUGAGACUCGUAUCAGAAUUGAGUAAAUGAUCAUGUUUUUCAUCUUGCUGUGUCCGUGUCUCGUCUUAUUAAUGUCUGACAGGUGAACAGCCUUCCUCCCGGCCAGGAGAAUGCAGAAGGGGAGACAGCGCGUUUGAUGUGAUGUCAUGCUUGCAGUUCUGAGCGCUUCCACGGGCGGCGCUUCGGCGCUUUCAGAUCCUGUUUGAGACGCAAGUUCUGACAGAGCGAUUUCUACACCGAAGUUCUAUUAACACUUCGAAGAAUAUACUUUAUUUGUGUGCGUGGUCUAGAAAGCCAGUGUAUAUCUGUGUUAUAUAUAUUUGAGCUGAUCCUAUUUAAAAGAUAUUACCAAAAACAAACCAAAGAAAACUGCAUGCAUAACAAAUCGACGUAUAAGAGAGGAAGGAAAGUUUUCAAAAGGAAUAGAAGAUAGAUAGCGAUGGAUACCGGAGCCUCAGCGCCGGAUCCGUCAAGAAUAGCAGAAGCGAAUAUUCUGGUAUCGCAUGACCAGUUUAGCUGUUCAGUGUGUCUGGAGCUAUUGAAGGACCCAGUCGCUAUUCCAUGUGGACACAGUUACUGUAUGGGGUGUAUUAAGAACUGCUGGGAUCAGACUGAUCAUACAGGUGUCUACAGCUGCCCCCAGUGCAGAAAGUUCUUUACUCCAAGGCCUGAUCUGUGCAGAAACACCAUGCUGGCCGAACUUGUGGAGGAAUUAAAGAAGACAGGACUCAAUCCUCCUCCUGCUCAAAGUUAUGCUGGACCUGGAGAUGUGCCGUGUGAUUUCUGCACUGGGAGAAAGUUCAAAGCUGUGAAAUCCUGUUUGACGUGCCUGGCCUCUUACUGUGAAACACACGUCAAGCCACACUAUGAGGGGGCUGCUUUCAAGAGGCACAAGCUGGUCAAUGCAAUUGGGAAUCUGGAGCAGAAGAUUUGUGCUGAACACCAGAAGGUUUUGGAGGUCUUCUGUAGAACCGAUCAGACGUGUAUUUGCUUGUUGUGUUCACAAAUUGAACACAGGAGCCAUGAUACAGUCUCAGCUGAGAAGGAAAGGAGUGGGAAACAGAAGCAGCUGGGAGAGACACAGACAGAAAUACAACAGAGAAUCCAGGAGAGACUGAAAGACGUGGAGGAGCUGAAACAGGCUGUGGAGUCACUGAAAAGAUCUGCAUGCAUAGAAAUAAAGGAAAGUGAGAAGAUCUUUACUGAGCUGAUCCGAUCCAUUGAGAAGAUCCACACUGAGGUUAUUGAGCUGAUUGGAGCUAACGAGAAGGCUGCAUUGAAUCAGGCUGAAGGACGCAUGAAGAAACUGGAGCAGGAGAUUGCUGAGCUAAGGAGGAGAAACGCUGAGCUGAAACAGCUUUCAGAGACAGAGGAUCACAUCCAUUUUCUACAGAAUUUCCAGUCUCUCUGUGCCCCUCCUGAAGCUGGAGACUUACCCAGCGUUACUGUCAAUACAGACAUCUCUUUUGGGGCUGUGAGGAAAGCUGUAUCUGAACUUAAAGACCAUAUUGAGGACUUCUGCAAGGGGGAAUUAGUCAAAAUAACCACAACAGACGUGCAUGGAAAGACAGGCAGUUCCCCUGAGUUGAGGAUGGUGCUGGUUGGGAAGAUUGGAGUUGGGAAAAGUGCCUCGGGAAACACCAUCCUGGGCAAAAAGGAGUUUAAAUCACAAGCCAGUGACUCCUCGGUUACAAAAGCAUGUGAGAAGAGAGAAGGAAAGGUUUCUGGGAGACGUGUUGUUGUGGUCGACACUCCAGCCUUUGGCACAGACCUCUCUCUGGAUGAAGUCAAUGAAGAAAGAGCAAUGCAUUUGUCUGCCCCAGGACCCCAUGCUAUUCUCCUGGUGAUUGAGGUGGGCCGAUUCACAGGUGAAGACAAGAGAACAGUGGAGACAAUCCUGAGGAGAUAUGGAGAUGGAGCUGGGAGAUACACGAUGGUCCUUUUCACCAACCGGGACAAACUAGGAGAGAAGUCGAUUGAGGAGUUCAUUCAGGGAGCCAGCAAAGAGCUCCGGGAGCUUGUUGAGAAGUGUGGGUGCCGUUAUCACGCCUUCAACAACAAGAACAUGAGCGAUCGCACCCAGGUCACUGAGCUACUGGAAAAGAUAGACAGGAUGGUGGAAGAGAAUGAAGGAAGCUACUACACCAGUGAGAUGAUCAGACAGGUGAAAAAAAUGAGGAAGAGCAAAGAGCUCAUUUGUGAAGAAAUGGACAUUGAAGAGCAAGCCAAUGAUAAGCCGAGCAAGUCUGGUAAGCUAUGGGGUUCUUUAUCUAGAUCCACACCUCAGGCAUCGAACAUGAGAGACAACACAGACGUGCAUGGAAAGACAGGCAGUUCCCCUGCGUUGAGGAUGGUGCUGGUUGGGAAGAUUGGAGUUGGGAAAAGUGCCUCGGGAAACACCAUCCUGGGCAAAAAGGAGUUUAAAUCACAAGCCAGUGACUCCUCGGUUACAAAAGCAUGUGAGAAGAGAGAAGGAGAGGUUUCUGGGAGACGUGUUGUUGUGGUCGACACUCCAGCCUUUGGCACAGACCUCUCUCUGGAUGAAGUCAAUGAAGAAAGAGCAAUGCAUUUGUCUGCCCCAGGACCCCAUGCUAUUCUCCUGGUGAUUGAGGUGGGCCGAUUCACAGGUGAAGACAAGAGAACAGUGGAGACAAUCCUGAGGAGAUAUGGAGAUGGAGCUGGGAGAUACACGAUGGUCCUUUUCACCAACCGGGACAAACUAGGAGAGAAGUCGAUUGAGGAGUUCAUUCAGGGAGCCAGCAAAGAGCUCCGGGAGCUUGUUGAGAAGUGUGGGUGCCGUUAUCACGCCUUCAACAACAAGAACAUGAGCGAUCGCACCCAGGUCACUGAGCUACUGGAAAAGAUAGACAGGAUGGUGGAAGAGAAUGAAGGAAGCUACUACACCAGUGAGAUGAUCAGACAGGUGAAAAAAAUGAGGAAGAGCAAAGAGCUCAUUUGUGAAGAAAUGGACAUUGAAGAGCAAGCCAAUGAUAAGCCGAGCAAGUCUGGUAAGCUAUGGGAUUCUUUAUCUAGAUUCACACCUCAGGCAUCGAACAUGAGAUACAACACAGGUUCUUUAUCUGGAGGCACACCUCGCGCAUCGAACAUGAGAGACAAGACGGAAGCACAUGGAAAGACAACCCCAGGCAGUUCCCCAGAGUUGAAGAGGGUCCUGGUUGAGAAGACUGGAGUUGGGAAAAGUGCCUCAGGAAACACCAUCCUGGACAAAAAGGAGCUCAGGGAUGUGGCAGCAAAUGCGCAUGGAAACACCCCUGAGUUGAGGAUAGUGCUGGUUGGGAAGACUGGAGUUGGGAAAAGUGCCUCAGGAAACACCAUCUUGGGCAAAAGGGCAUUUACUUCAAAAACCAGCAUCUCCUCAGUUACAAAAGAAUGUGAGAAGAGAGAAGUAGUUGUUUCUGGGAGACGUGUUGCUGUGGUCGACACUCCAGCCUUUAGCACAGAGGCUGUGGAGUGCAUUGCUCUGUCUGCCCCGGGACCCCACGCUAUUCUCCUGGUGAUUGAGGUGGGCCGAUUCACAGAUGAAGACAAGAGAACAGUGGAGACAAUCCUGAGGAGGUUUGGAGCAGAAGCUAAGAGAUACAUGAUGGUCCUUUUCAGCCAUAAGGACAAACUGGAAGAUAAGACGAUUGAGGAGUUCGUUCAGGGAGCCAGCAAGGAGCUCCGGGAGCUUGUUGAGAAGUGUGGGGGCCGUUAUCACGCCUUCAACAACAAGGAAAAGAGUGAUUGCACCCAGGUCACUGAGCUACUGGAGAAGAUAGACAGGAUGGUGAAAAAGAAUGAAGAAAGCUGCUACAUCAGUGACAUGAUCACACAGAUGAAGAGUGAAGAGGACAAUGAGGAAGAAGAAAUGGACUGUCAAUAUGGAGCCAAUGAUAAGCCAACUGAUUCUGGUUCUUUAUCUAGAUCCACACCUCAGGCAUCGAACAUGAGAUACAACACAGGUUCUUUAUCUGGAGCCACACCUCGCGCAUCGAACAUGAGAGACAUGAUAGAGUUGAGGAUUGUGCUGCUUGGGAAGACUAGAGCUGGGAAGAGUGCAGCAGGAAACACCAUCCUGGGAAGAAGGGAGUUUGAUUCGAGACUCAGCGCCACUUCCAUAACUAAUACAUGUAGGAAGGGCACAGCAGUAGUUUAUGGGAGACGCAUAGCUGUGAUUGACACUCCCGGCCUGUUUGGCACAGAGCUCACUCCUGAUCAGAUUAAACAGGAGAUUGAGAAAUGUAUCUCUCUGUCUGCCCCGGGACCCCAUGCUUUGCUGUUAGUGCUACAGGUGGGCCGAUACACAGAGAGAGAGGUGGAAGCAGUGAAGAUUAUUUUUGGUGAGAGUGCUGCCAGAUACAUGAUGGUUCUUUUCACCCAUGGAGACAGUCUGGAAGAUGGCAUGACAAUUGAGAAUUACAUUGAGGGAGUCGAAGGGGAUCUCCAGCAGCUUAUUGAUAAUUGUUGGGGCAGGUAUCACGUCUUUAACAAUAAAGACAAGAGAAAUACAGCUCAAACUAUUGAACUGGUCAAGGAAAUAGAGAAUAUGGUGGAAACUAAUUGUGGGAGGUAUUACACCAUGGAGAUGUACAAUGAGGCAGCUGCAUCCACCAGUCAAAAUGUAGAAAUGGAGAAGGGGAAAGUGAGGAAGGAAAGGCCAUAUUUUAAGAAUGUGCAGAGCUUCAGAGAUGGGUGUAAUUUGAUGUAAUUUGUUUAACAUCUCUGACGUGUUUAUUGAAUGUCCUCUGCAUAAUUAUUUUCUUUACCAAUAUGUGCUUGAUUUUGUAUUCUUUUUAUUUGAAACAGUCAAUGAUUAAUAACCAAGGCUUAACAUUGUAUUUAGCUGUAUAAAUCAGUAUGAAUUUCCUUUCAGUACACCUUAUAUUGCCUUGCAUAAAAAAGCUAAAUACAAAAUGAAUUCUGUGUUAGUAAAUUCUGAAAAACAAAUAAAAAUUGUUAAGAAAAUAAA